AUAGUGGACAAUAUGCCAGUGACGUUCUGCUUUAUCAAUCAACAAAAUCAGAACGUUUGCACUACUGGUUUCCCGAUGGGUUGUUAUGUGACUGCGGAUGGUAAACCGAAAGAUGCGUGUGUGCUGGACCCACAUUAUAGACAGCCGGACAGUUAUUAUCUGUUUAAUCAUGUUGAUAUACAAAUCGAGUACCGUGACAUGAGCACAGACCCGAACUUCUUGGAGGAGCAAGUUGGUGGACGUGUGAUUCGUAUUAAGGUACAGCCGCGAAGUGUGAAACAUGAGUCUGUCAACAAGAUGGAUUGCCAUCGUGACGCAGCCCCGUUGGCGAUGAAAGCCUCCGAUCGAGACUUCAGCAUCAUCUAUUCGUAUUCAGUUGUUUGGGUGGUGCGUAUUCAUCGUAUCGUUUCAAUUUUAUCAAUGUGUUUCAUCAGUCCAUGCUUAUAA